AAUGACUGAAGAACAGGAGUGAUGUGUGCCUUCAUGGUCUGCAGUGUGUACUUGAAACCAGGUCUAUAUAAGUUUCAGAACCAAAAGCCUGUUCUUCUUGUGAGCUGUUCCUGAUGCUGAGCAUUCCUAUCACCACUACACUGGUAAUCACUGCUGCUCUGUUAGUGAAGUUCCUGGUAUUUCCCUCUGACUUGAGUGAAUCGCCUCCGUCUUGUGGUGAGAGGAGGAACUGCAGCAUCCCAACACAGCUUCCUUUUACACUGACGGACUUGGUGAAUGAGACAGGGAACAUCACAGCAGGCUGCCCGGUCCCUGUCAGUGAUGGCCGUCGUAUUGUUGGUGGGACUUUAGCAGCUGUAGACAAGUGGGGCUGGCAGGUCAGCAUGCACUGGAGGGGGCGACACGUCUGUGGAGGUGCCAUCAUCUCCCCACACUGGAUCAUCACUGCAGCUCACUGCUUUGUGGAGUAA